AUGUCGCACUCCACAGAACUCCCGCUUCCUCCUCUGAAAGAUGUGAUCACGCAGUUACUUGAAACUCCUACAAGCAAUGACCCAAUACCAUGGGGUCUUUCAGUAUCAGUGGAGCAUCUCCUGAUUCUAAUUUAUGCCAUUAAUUCCCUCGCAUUCCAAGCGAGAGCCGGCUUAUUAAGAUAUCUAUCGCUCGAUAGGAUACGCUGUGCGUCUGGUAAUUGGAAGCGCAUCUGGGAUUCGGUCAUCGGUCUCCAGAAUAAGGAUCAAUUGCUUCACCUAGGGUAUCCGAAACACGCUCAAGAGCUUUGGUGGUUGUUGAAUGCCACGCUGGAUGCUACCGGCAGAGCCGAUGUCAGCCUUCGGUAUAUGGAUAACACGGCUACCGAUGACUUGGGCAAUUUAAAUGAAUUCAUUCAAUGGUGUCACCAAAGCGCGCCAUAG